CCUCCUCCACCAAGUGUUAAUCACCUCCCACUUCUUAGAACACCCGGCGGUUCUUUGUUUGUUUGAUUAAUAUCAGUCUAAUUUAUAAUUCUCACAGAUUAUAGAUUUGAUUUCCCUUUUAAUUAAUCUGGAAUUAUCUAUUUCAUUUUAUUUGAAUUGCUUUUUGCAUAUUCUUUAUUUUACUUGUUUUUCUGCUACAGAAUAAAAGAAUGGGUUCUAAGAGAAAGAGAAAUGAUACAUCCAUAAAAAUUAAAUCCAAUUCAGCAAAAUUUACUAGCAAAUCCACCUCUGGUGACUCAUCCAUUCAAACCAGCUCCCAAAAUAAUCACAAUAUAAAAUCCAAUGGCAGCUCUAACGUUAUCACAAACGAUAAUACAAGCGUAACUAAAAAUGAUACCAAUCAUUCUGAACAAAUUUCCAAGAAAGAUUUGGACCUUUCAGAAAAUGAUGAAUCCCUCUCUGAAGAGAAUGAUUCGGAUAUUCAUAGCAACAGCAAAUCUCAAAUCGCCUCCAAAGAUAGCUCAGACAAUAUCUCUGAGGAUAUUUCUGAUAAUUACUCUGACAAUAGUUUCGAUGAAGACGAUGAAGAUGAGGAUAACGAUAAAAUUCAACCCAAAUUGAAAAAACAAAAAUCCUUAAAUCAUCAACAAUUAUCGGCUCAGGAUGUUCAAAUCGCAAGAGAAACUGCCGAAGUCUUUAAAUCAAACAUCUUCAAAUUAAAAAUAGAUGAAGUUAUUAAAGAAAUCAAAUUAAAUCAAUCUCAUUUAACUAAAAUUGAAAAAUUUCUUUAUUCUUUAUAUAACUUAAUUAAUAAUAACAUUAAUGAUUCUCAAAUAUUUUCCAUAUCUGACUUAAAUGAACCCAAUAAAUCAAAAUCAAAAUCAAAAUCAAAAUCGAAAACAAAACAAAAAUCAAAUUUAAAUUUAAACUUGAAUUUAAAAAUCCCAUUUUGUGAUCCAAAACCAACAAAUAAAGAUUUCAAAUUCCAGUAUUUAAAACCUUCUGAUAUAUCUGUCGUUGGUUCUUAUGCUUUGAAAAAUUCAAUCAGAUUACCUUACAAUAAUAUAAUUGAUUUGGCUAUAACAAUGCCCUCGUCCUUGUUUGAAAAAAAGGAUUAUCUAAAUUAUAGAGCGUUCUAUAAAAGAUCCUUUUAUUUAGCAUACUUGGCCUCAAAUUUAAUAUCAAAUUUCUCAAAUGAUCAACUCAACUUCUUAGAUUUCAAUUAUGAAUAUCUUAACGAUGACAUUCUAACUCCAACUCUUAAAAUUGAUUUUAAUAAUCCUAAAAAUUCUUCAAAAUCAAAAUCUCAUUCAAAACCAAAAUCGAAUGGAAAUACAAACAUAGACUCUUCCAUUGAUUGCAAUUGCUACCACACAAAUUUUUCUAUAAGAUUAAUUGUUUGUUUCCCUUUUAAUAUCUUUGAUUACAAAAAAUUAUUACCCUUUAAAAAUUCAAUAAGAAUUCAACAAAACGUUAAUUCAACCCAAAAAAAACAUCAAUUACAAACACCACCACAAUCAUCUUCAACCUCAUCUUCAAACACCCUACAAACAGCAUCUCCAGCAAAUACAAUACCAACCCCCAUUUACAACUCCUCUUUAAUAUCAAACACAACUUAUAACCACUAUUUAAAAUUCAUCUAUAAAACUCAAAAACUAACCGAUUCCUUCAAAGAAGCCGCUAACUUAGGGAGAAUUUGGCUAACUAAAAAGGGUUUUUUAUCUGGCUCUAUUUCAAAUGGUGGUUUUGGUAAUUUUGAAUUCACAAUGCUAAUGGCUUUAUUAUUAAACGGUGGUGGUCAAGAAAAUAAUAAAAUUUUAUUAUUUGGUUUUUCGUCUUAUCAAUUAUUUAAAGGUAUAAUCAAAUAUUUAGCCACUCAAGACUUAUUAACUAAUGGCCAUUUAAUAUUUUCAAGCACUACUAAUGAUAAAAUUUACUGCAAAUAUAAUAAUAACGAAGGUUUUAAUGUCCCUACUAUUUUUGAUAAAUUCACAAAAUUAAACAUUCUAUGGAAAAUGUCAAAUUAUUCUUAUAACCUAUUAAGACAUGAAGCUAUUUUAACACUAAAUGCUUUAAAUGAAACAAUUAAUGACCCCUUUGAUUCAAUUUUUUUAAAAAAUAAUAAUAUCGACUAUUUAAAAUAUGAUAUAAAUUUAGAAAUACCUUAUCCAACUCCAGGUUUUAAUGAUAAAAAUGAAAAAAAUAAAAAAAGUACUAAUAAUGAUAAUAAUAAUGAUACCAAUGGAACAGAAACCAUAAAUAAUAUCAUAAAUUUUGGUCCAUUGGAAAAAAUUUCAUUUGUAAGUUAUGAUAAUUUUAUUCAAACUAAAUUAUAUAAUAUUUUAUUAACUGGUUUAAAAGAAAGAGUUCAUCAAAUUUCAAUUAAGAUUGUAGAAAAGAAAAAUAUAGACAAAAACCAUAAAAAUUAUUCUGGCUUGCAAUUUCCUUUAAAUAGAAGAAAAUAUCUUUUUAAUACUGAAGAUUCUAUAAUUAAAAUUGGUUUGAUAUUGAAUCAAGAUUAUUGUGAAAAAUUAGUAACAAAGGGUCCAUUAAAUUCAGAAAAAGAAGCGGUGGAAAAAUUUAAAAAAUUUUGGGGUGGAAAAUCCCAAUUAAGAAGGUUUAAAGAUGGUUCCAUUAAUGAAUGCAUUGUUUGGAAUUACAGUUAUGAUAAACCUAUAGUUUUGCAAAUAAUAAAAUAUUUAUUUGCAAGAUUUUUUGGUAAAUCUUUUGCAUCAAAAAUUGCAACAGAACUACCUUGUUUUAUAUCAAAACUUCCCAAGCCUUUAUUACCAGAAUCAAAUAAUUUAUCAAUAAUAAACACAUCAACAUUUCAUAAUUUAAAAGCAAGUUUUGACAAAUUAAGUAAAAUAUUAUUUGAAUUUAAUAGAGAUUUACCAUUAAAUAUAAAGGCAAUUAAUCCUAAUAGCAGUGGUUUCCGUUAUUCAUCUGUGUUACAACCUAUACCAUUUGCAAUAUCUAACCCUGAUUUUUUCAAUGAGGUUUUAUUACAAUUUGAAAGUUCCAAAAAGUGGCCAGAUGCAAUAAAUGGAUUAGAAGAUACCAAGACAGCAUUUUUGCUAAAAAUUUAUGAAUUAUUAAAUAACAAGUAUAAAGACCGUUAUAAAGCAUUUAUGACUAGUGAUAAGUCUAUACCAUAUAACAACAACAUUAAAAUACUAAAUAUAAUAACACCAGAAGGAUAUGGAUUCAGUAUAAAAGUAUUAACAGAAAGAGAUGAGAUUCUUUAUCUUAGAGCUGUUUCUAAUUGCUCAAAGGAUAAAAGGAAUUUGCUUGAAGAGGUUUAUCUCAAAUUUAAUCAAAAUUAUAUUGGAUCAAUUAAGCACACUAGAAGAAUAUUAUUGAUAUCUCAUCAUUUUCAAUAUUAUCUGGCAACAGUUCGAUUAUUCAAAAGAUGGUUAGAUGAUCAGUUGUUAUAUUGCCAUUUGAAUGAAGAAUUAAUUGAGUUGAUUGUGUUAAAAGUAUUUGUUGAUAGCGAAUAUUGGUUACCACCAUCAAGUAUUGAAAAUGGAUUUUUAAGGGUUUUGUAUUUUAUAGCCAAUUGGAAUUGGAGAGAAAACCCAAUAAUUUUGGAUAUAUCUAAAAAAUUAGAUCAAGACUUUCUUUCUGUAUUAAAUAGCGAUAGCAAUGGUCAAAAUCAAGAAAGUAAUAUAGGCAAUGACAACAAAAGUGAUAAUUUAAAGGAUAUUUUGAGCGAUAAAUUGACAAUUAAAGAUUAUCAAGUUUCAAUGUCAAAUUUCCUAAAAGUUCGUAAAAUUGAUCCAAAUGGGCUAAGAACCCAAUUUUUCAUAUCUACAAAGGAUGACCCAUCAGGAAUCCUAUGGAGUAAUAACCAGCUUUUACCCAUAGCUGCCAGAUUGACAGCAUUAUCAAAGGUGGCAAUGAAUUUAAUAAGUCAGCAGGGAAUAAAUGCAUUGACCCUUAAUAUAUUAUUUAAACCUGCAUUAAAUGACUAUGAUUUUGUGAUUGAAACCAAGAGUAUUAAAUUAUCGAAAUCAAGCGGAAUUAUAUUGGGAAAAGCAUUUAAAAAUCUAAUUGUGGAUAGUUCCCAAGGCUUUAAUCAUGAGAACAUAAGUGAUGAGAUAGCCAAUAAAAUUGAUCCAGUUUCUGAAUUAGUCAAUGAAUUGAAUGGAAAAUAUUCAAACAUAAUAAUUUUUUCAUAUCACAAGAUAGCAGGAUUAAACAAUAAAGGAGAGAAUGUAAUAACUGGGUUGUUUAUUCCUUCGAUGGUUAAUAAUAAAAAAUUUAGAAUUGGUAGUGUGGGAUAUAAUAUAAAAGCUAUUGAAGAAAAUAAGGACGAAAUAAUUAUAAACAAAGAUUCAUUAUUUGCCGAAAUAGCCAGAUUGGGUGGCGAUCUAAUCACUAGUUUUCAGUACAAAGGGAUGAUAAAAAAUGUUAAAAAAUAAAAUUUAUUUUCAGGAUGUAUAUAUAGAAAUUUAGUUUUUUA